GAGGAGCGUGAGCGGGGAGGUGCGGAGCGCGGUGCCCGCUGCGCGGGGGGCCGCGGAGCGGCGGUGUCCGCGGCACCUGCCGGGACGCGGCUGGGGAGCGGAGCCCGCCCGAAGCGGCGGGGAUGAAUCGCUGUCCGCGUAGGAACGCGGCGGAUACCUGGCAGCGCGGGCGCGGAGCCCCGCGGCGCCGGGUCAGGGCUGAGGAUCAUUGUCAUCGUCACAGUUGCCAUUUUUUUCACCCGGGAUCUUAAAGCAUUCUACAAUGACAGGCUCUGCAUUGACGUCAGAAUGACACGGUGAAGCCAAAGACAGGAGCUGGGAACAGUUCUUCUGCUUCACUUUUGACAAUCGAGUGAAUCUGUCGCCACUCCGUUCCUUCCAGCAUGGCUAAGAGCGCAGAAGUGAAGCUGGCGAUCUUUGGUCGAGCUGGUGUGGGCAAGUCAGCUCUUGUUGUACGCUUCCUGACCAAACGGUUCAUCUGGGAGUAUGACCCAACACUAGAGUCUACAUAUCGUCACCAAGCUACCAUUGAUGAUGAAGUGGUUUCCAUGGAGAUACUAGAUACAGCUGGUCAGGAGGAUGCUAUUCAGAAAGAAGGACAUGUGCGAUGGGGUGAAGGCUUUGUGCUGGUUUACGAUAUCACGGACAGAGGCAGCUUUGAGGAAGUGCUGCCACUUAAGAACUUGUUGGAUGAAGUUAAAAAACCCAAAAAUGUCACCCUGAUCCUGGUGGGGAACAAAGCAGACUUGGAUCACUCCAGGCAGGUCAGCACAGAGGAAGGUGAAAAGCUGGCCACAGAACUAGCAUGUGCUUUUUAUGAGUGCUCUGCUUGCACAGGAGAGGGCAAUAUUAUGGAGGCCUUCUAUGAGCUCUGUCGUGAGGUACGGCGUCGAAAGAUGGUCCAGGGCAAGACUCGGAGACGAAGCUCCACCACCCAUGUCAAGCAGGCAAUUAAUAAGAUGCUUACCAAAAUAAGCAGCUAAAAAGAGGUAUACUAAGCCAGAGAAGCAUUUUAGAGCAUAUUGGCUUGGAGUAGGGACAAGGGAGGCAGAGCACAUUCAAUUAAAAAUGGUCAAAGCUUUGCAAUUAAAAAAAAAUAGAAAAGACAAACCACACCACUUUUUUGAGUAACACAAGGUCAGACUUUUUUCCUGUUUUGAAAUGUAUUUAGCCACGCUGCUUCUGGCUAACGUGGGGGGGGGAAAAAAAAAAAAAAAAAAAAGCGAACUCCAAAGGACUAGAUGAUUGUGGGGAUUGGCACUGACAGAGCAUCUUUUGCUUCUACAAUGCUGGCUCCAAUCCCCUGCAAGUCAGUAGUGCCUAAACAUCAUUUCCAGUCAGCCAGCUCCUCAGUAGCCAUUGGAGAGUAAGAUUCAGCCCUCAGUCCAUCAACAACCAUCACAACUGGUGUUCUCAAGGACUGAAUACACACAGAGGCUCCCGUGUUGUACCAGAAAGUUCAUCUGACACCUCUCACCAGCUUUAAAUUGGUACAUUGUGUGCUUUUACUCCAAACUGUCCUUCCUUGUUAUUUUUAUCAAAUCUAUGAGUGAUGAUGUUCUUAGCAAGGUAUGCAAAAAAAUAAGAAAGUCUAUUUCAUGGAGUGUUUAGCCAGCAAGACACACAUUUCAACAGAGCUGAAGUUCAGCUGCUUUUCCAGAUCUUCUGAAACUGCAGAAUUCAUCAAGAAAUAAUCAGCUAGUCCAGUGGCAUUUCAGAAUUUCUCCCUCAAAGUGCAGUACUGUACUUGGGGAAAUGGGAGUGUAUGUGUUGGGAAAUCAAACUGAAAAAAUAAUCAUAUUACUAUUGAUUUAGUUAUGGGUAGUUUUUAGCUUUUGUUUACAUUUUUGUUUUGGUCUUAUUUCAAUUCAAGUAGCUCCUCUUAUACUGAAGAAGAACUGAACCAUUAAGAAGGCAAGUAUUUAAAGUCUAAACCCAAAUGUAAAUCAGAUGUGAAUGGCCUCUACCACACCAAAAAGCCAUAAUUUCUAGCUGUUUAAACUUCUAGAUGUUGCUCGAAGCACUCUGUGGUUUAAACCAGCACAGGUUUUUUGUGACUCAUCUGGCAUGCUGAAGUGAAUGUGCAUUUUAUCAGAUUUUGGUGCCUGGGAUAAAAGAUGUCCAGUUAUUUCUCCUCCCUCCUCUUCCCUCAUGUAGCUCAUUUAAGCCAGCUGUGAAGUUUUGCCUCCUGUUUACUUGGUUUGUUAACUGUAUGCUAAGAGAUGCAAGAACCAAUACUGCAAGAUUUUCGUUCAGACUCUGCUGGUCUCCCACCAAGUGUGUUGCAUCCCUUUGGGCAGCGUGGUGUGCAGCUUGGACUGGCCUCAUGUAGAACCACAGCCAAAGAUUGGGAUCACAAAUAGGAAUAUUAGCUGUAUUCUCCUUUAAGGAACAGUCCCCUUGUAGCAACUACUUACAACUUUAUUCUCCACUGCUUUGUACUUCAUAUGUUUUUUCGCCUCUGUGAGGAAGUAACAGCAAAAGGCUAUCAAACACAGAUUGCCACAGAUGUAGGAGAGUGAGGAUAUCUGUUGGAUAGCACUUUAUACAGUUAGAGGUAGCCAUAUAAGUGGUGGAGCAGGCUGGAGAAUCAAGCCUGUAUAUCCCUGUUGACAGAGAAAUGGUCCAAAUCAGGACUUUUUUCAAACAAAAUGGCUUAAAGGUACUUUACUAAAUUCACUCUUCUGGAAUCAAUGUAUAUUUUGGUCCCCAUAUUCAGGUAUGUUGCAGUACAUCAGAUAUACACUACAAUGGAAACUUCACCAUGUGCUUCUGGGCAGGGGGUUCUUGCAACAGGUGACAUCACUGUCUCCAUGACACACCUGUCUUUUGUUUUUUUUUUUUUUUUU